AAAGCGUCUGAGAAACAGUACCAGGACUGUCGGCGGAGGGGGUGAGAAGAAGGAGAAGACACGAAAGACGCUCUUUUCGCCAGGGGGACGUACGUUGAUGGAUUUUAUGUCAUUUCACAUCGGACAUCUAUCCUGUCGUGCCUUUUAAAAUCCCGUUCCUCCUCCUUACAAGUUGCAAGUUUUCCAUUUAGCGGAGAAGUGCGCUGCUCGGGAACACUGGACAUGUUUUGCGCCCUAGAAGAAACUUGGUGACGGGGAGGAAAGUUUCGGGGGGACAGCGGUAUGGUUUUCCGAGCUGUUUUCGAAGGAUAACGCAAGUAAAGUCGGAUUUCUUUGCACGGCAUCGGACUACCCUGCCCCUGGGGCUUGGAAUAUGUUCUCUGAUUUGAGUUGAUGCCGGCUGAUUGUGGAUUAGUGAAGUGAAAAAGGCAGCGCUUCGCAGUUUUUUUGGUGCAUUGGGGAGUUGGAGACAUUCCUCCCUCUGGAUUCAGCCCAUGCACUCUCCUCCCUUAUCUGUGCAUGCCAAAACAGAGAUCUCCACGAUUUGAGUCCUCCCUGCCCAGGUGAUUGGGUGAAUUCCCGUGAGUGACAGGCCGACCAGGCAGCAGUUGAUGGUUGGGCGGAGUCCCUCAGAUGGGAUCAGUGUCCAGGGGGAGGCGGAGGAGGGGGGUAUGGGGAGCUCUGGCCCCCACUAAGGGGAUGGCCUCGUGGGCCUGGCUGCUGGCUGCCGUCCUGCUGUCCCUUCUGACCGUCAGCGUGGCCCGGCCGCCCCUCACCGCCACCAAGGAGGAGGAGGCCACUCUGGAACCUGAAGAGGCGUCGAACAAAUACCAAAUCUCUAAGCCCACGGUGUGCUCGGUGCACCCGGGGGAGGUGCUGAAGCUCAGCUGCCCUCUGCCCACUGCGGGGACCAUCACCUGGACCAAAGAUGGCAGCUCGCUGGGCGUCAACAACCGCACGCUGAUAGAGCAGGAGGUGCUGCAGAUCCGUGAUGCCACGCCCAAGGACUCGGGCCUGUAUGCCUGCACCAGCCUGGGCAGAGACACGGUCUGCUUCAUAGUGAACGUCACAGAUGCAAUCUCGUCGGGGGAUGAUGAGGACGAUACGGAGCGGUCGGAGGACACGGGGGCGGACGGAGAGCAGAUAAGCGCUCCGUAUUGGACCUCGUCGGCGAAGAUGGAGAAGAAGCUGCACGCGGUGCCGGCCGCCAACACGGUCAAGUUCCGCUGCGCCGCGGGGGGCAAUCCCCGGCCCAAGAUGCGCUGGCUGAAAAACAGCCGGCCUUUCCGCCAGGAGGACCGCAUGGGGGGCUACAAGGUGCGGAGCCAGCACUGGACCCUGAUCAUGGAGAGCGUGGUGCCGUCAGACAAGGGCAACUACACCUGCCUGGUGGAGAACCAGUACGGAUCCAUCAACCACACCUACACUCUGGACGUAGUAGAGCGCUCACCUCACCGGCCGAUUCUUCAGGCCGGUCUGCCGGCCAACACCACCGUGCACGUGGGAGAGGACGCGCGCUUCGUCUGCAAGGUGUACAGCGACGCCCAGCCUCACAUCCAGUGGCUCAAACACAUCAUGCAGAACGGCAGCCGCUACGGCCCCGACGGACACCCCUACGUCCGCGUGCUCAAGACCGCAGGUGUUAACACCACCGAUAAGGAGAUAGAAGUUCUCUACUUGCCCAAUGUAACUUUCGAGGACGCUGGGGAGUAUACGUGCUUGGCGGGUAAUUCUAUUGGGAUCUCCUAUCACACUGCUUGGUUGACGGUGCUUCCAGCCAACAAGGAAGAGCAGAUCACGGGGCUGAUGUCGCCCGACUACGUGGAGAUCGCCAUAUACUGCGUGGGCGUGUUCCUCAUCGCCUGCAUGGUGGUCAUCGUGGUGGUGUGCCGAAUGAGGAACACGGCGAAGAAGCCCGACUUCGGCGGCCAGCCGGCGGUCCACAAACUGAGCAAGCAGAUCCCCCUGCGCCGCCAGGUAACAGUGUCGGCGGACUCGAGCUCCUCCAUGAACUCCAGUACGCCGCUGGUCCGCAUCACCACGCGCCGCAGCUCCGCCCACGACGAGCCCAUCCCCGAGUACGACCUCCCCGAAGACCCCCGCUGGGAGUUUGCCCGAGACAGGUUGACCCUGGGCAAGCCCCUCGGCGAGGGCUGCUUUGGCCAGGUUGUAAUGGCAGAAGCCCUGGGCAUCGACAAAGACAAACCCAAGGAAGCUGUGACUGUCGCUGUCAAGAUGCUCAAAGAUGACGCCACAGAGAAGGACCUGUCUGACCUGGUGUCAGAGAUGGAGAUGAUGAAGAUGAUCGGCAAACAUAAGAACAUCAUCAAUCUUCUUGGGGCUUGCACACAAGACGGCCCGCUGUAUGUGAUAGUGGAGUACGCCUCCAAGGGCAACCUGAGAGAGUACCUCCGCGCCCGCCGGCCCCCCGGCAUGGAAUAUUCCUACGACAUCGCCCGCGUCUCAGACGAGCAGCUCACCUUCAAAGACUUGGUCUCCUGCACUUACCAGGUGGCACGGGGCAUGGAGUACCUGGCAUCGCAGAAGUGUAUACACAGGGACCUGGCAGCCAGAAACGUCCUGGUCACAGAGAGCAACUUCAUGAAGAUCGCCGACUUCGGCCUGGCCCGGGACGUCCAUAACAUCGAUUACUACAAAAAGACAACCAACGGUCGUCUUCCGGUGAAGUGGAUGGCUCCAGAGGCGUUGUUCGACCGGGUGUAUACACACCAGAGUGACGUCUGGUCAUUUGGGGUGCUGAUGUGGGAGAUCUUCACCCUGGGGGGCUCCCCCUACCCUGGCAUCCCCGUUGAAGAGCUCUUCAAGUUGCUCAAAGAGGGCCAUCGCAUGGACAAGCCUGGCAACUGCACCAAUGAGCUGUACAUGAUGAUGAAAGACUGCUGGCAUGCCAUCUCAUCCCAGAGACCCACCUUCAAGCAGCUAGUGGAGGAUCUGGAUCGCAUCCUCACCCUCAGCACCAACGAGGAGUAUCUGGACCUGUGCGCCCCAACAGAGCAGUAUUCCCCCAGCUUCCCCGACACUCGCAGCUCCUGCUCCUCCGGCGACGACUCGGUGUUUUCCCACGACCCUCUACCAGACGAGCCCUGCCUCCCCAAGUACCAGCACAUCAACGGGGGUGUCAAAACAUGAGCCGCCCCGCCCGUCACCUCAACCCCCCGCUCCCGAAACCCCCAACCCGAUCUGCCCCAUCCCUCACCCCCUAAACACACACAGACACCCGCAUAGCACAGAGACACUCGUACACCCCGGCUCCACAUCCUCCCAACCUCCUGCCCCCCCAUCACCGCCUCUGGCUCCUAAUGGACUAACGGACCCGGACGGGACUGGGCUGGUGGCAGCGCUGCUGUCACACGACCACACACACACACAGACACACACAAACACACGCUCGAACUGACACACACACACACACACGCAAACACGCUCACACAAGGUCUUAAGGAGAGAGGAGGGACAAUGCAGAAGCUCUUUUUCCACUGACUGAAUGGACUGACACAUGGAUUCCCAGGCAAUCCCUCCUCACCUCCCUCCACAUAUGCACAUACACACACACACUUUUAUUUUGGUUCUCAUGUUUAUACCCAGAGUUUUUUUUUUUUCAUUUUUUGCAAUCGACAGCAUCCCAUUCCAGUGGCUGGCAUUCCAAGACUGUUAUUUGUUUCCUGGAGGAAUGUAUGGACCGUUGUGAACUUAAAACAAGGGACUAGAAGAGGAAGACAAAUAGGAAAAAAAAAAAAAAGAGGACUGAGAGAAACAGCGUCGACUAACAAACCAGAGGAAUAGGAGGAAAGUGCGCUCAGACACUGCCCUCGUUUAUUUUGUAAUAUUGUUGCAUUUCUUUUUCUCUUGAUAAGCCCUUGCAAUUAUUAUGGAGAUAAAACAAUACACAGUAUACUGUAUAGUGCUGGGUAUAUUUGUAAAUAUAUUCAAAUAUGUAUAAAUAUAUAUUAUAUAUUUACAGUGAAUUAUUUUUUGUAUGGACUCCAGAAUAACCCCCGAACUGCCCCCUCCCGCCCCCCGCCCCCACUCCUUCUUUGAGUUUGAGGCAGGUGUGCUAACAGGUUGUGUCCUAUAUUUCUCUUCACACACACAUACACACACACACACACACACAUAUGAACAUGCACACACACAAUGAUAUUCACAAACACACCUGUCUCGCUCUCACUCAGUAACACAGUUGAGUAUUGGCUUUCAGGGACUGAGGUAGCAUGUUAAUUUAUUGACUUAUGUUUUUUUUUUUUUUUUUUUUUUUUUUUUUAAAUGAAUCAAAAAGUCUGAAAAAAAAAGAACAAAAAACAGAAUGGAAGAAAUGAUAUUAAUGAUGCUGAUAAUACAUAAAUAAUCCAUUAAGUGUAUGGUAAUUUAAGAUGAUCUUUCAGCAGUAACAGAAACAAAGCUAUUUUAGAGGGUUUGAAAGAUCCAGGUUUUGUAAGUUUUAUAUAUGAAUGUGAAUAUUAAGUUAAAUUUUAAAAACUGUACAUUUUAUAGUCAGCUAAUCCCUUUCUUAUGUAGAUGACGAUGCCGUUUCUAUCCAGUCAUUUUACUCUUUCUUAGCUUUGCAUUAGGAAACGAGAUGAUUUCUGGAUAUUUAUAUAUGAUUGAAA